UGCCCAAACUGUCCAUAGAAUUCGAGCUUUCUAUAACUUGAUCACCAUAUCAACGGCUCCAAUCUUCCCAAAUCAGCUAUUUCUGGUUGCACUUCACUUUCCGACCCAACUCCUUGCACACUCCUCUCACUCUAAUGUCCUCAUUGGGUCAGGAUCCGAACCCGCACUGGAAUUCACUCAAACGAUACCCGAACAGACCCGAAGAAGUCCUGACCGCCGGGCUACCGUCCGAUCCACUGCUUAAAUCCGGCUCCUUCAUUGAGGCCACCGCCUCCGGACGUCAGGGGACUGCUGAGACCCCACGCAUGCGCCGAUCGUCAGACGGCGCGUCACCUUCCAUGGCCUCCGAGAAGUCUAACGGUGCGGAGACACCGCUUCCAGAGAACACGGCGUCUCCAGCGGGAGCCCAGCAGCGUCGUGUCGCUGCGGCCCCGCUGCCGGAUUGGUUGCCGCCUGGUUGGUUAGUCGAAGAUAGAGUUCGGAGCUCGGGUGCCUCAGCUGGAGUGAUAGAUAGGUAUUUUUUUGAGCCAGUUUCGGGCCGUCGAUUUCGGUCAAAAAAUGAGGUUCUAUACUUUCUAGAAACGGGAACCAAACGGAAAAAAGGAAAAUUAGGGGAGAACUCUGAUGCUGAUACCAUGGGCUCUGAAGGCCAGAAAGAAAAGAAGUCUGCCACGAAGGCAAAGAGUUCUGCGUUAAAAUUUGAUUAUUUGAAUGUGCCUGAGAAGGUCCAAUGGGUUCUCACAGAUUCCUCCCAGGGAUCCUGGGCUCCUUACAUUGGUGAGGAAAAGGUACCUGAAUCUACCAUGCAAGAAUGGGCUGCUGCAUUCACGGCUGCCACCUCCAAACACUACGGUAAGAGAAAGGUUUGAAGGUAGCAAAACUCCCCGCUGUUGCAUCAUUAAGAGUGUGAUCCUCCACUGACCAAUACAGGUCCCUUUUUGCUUUUCUUAGUUUUAGUUCUCUAGGUCUCUGUUAAUUUUUAGAGAAUUUUGAUUUUUAAGUCUUUCAAUUAAUUGCCAUUUGGCAUUUCUUGUAGAUAUGGUUGAUUGUUCGUACUUCUGAUAUUUGCCUCUUUUUUAUUUUAUUUUGUAAGUACUUUUGAUAUUUGGUUCUUAUCCGGUUUUCUUUGUCCCUUUCAUAACUAUGUAAAUUUGGGAUGAAUUCCUGUUCAGCUCAGUUACGUUAACGUUGUAGGAACUCAAGAUGAAAUGGUUGGUACGUUGGUCGUAUGAAUAUGAUGCAUAAUAUGUAACCAGAAUUGUCUCAUGCUCGCAUGUGGCCGAGACCUGGAGUCAGUUGUGUUUGAUCAUGCUUUGUAUAGAUUGUUGAUCUUUACAGUUUGUUUUGAAGUUUUA